AUGGACUCGAACGUCUGUGUAGACCCAAGUAUUGUUGCUUCACCUGUAAACAGAUCUCGCUCAAACUCAGGUCAUACGUCGACGCCACACUUCGAAGGGUUAAAUAUUCAAAAUAUCACUUCUGCAAAUCACCAAAGUAGAAUAUCCUCAAAUAAUUCAGACGCUUAUCCUACAUCCAACUUUCUUUAUCAUAAAACUAAUUCAGCGUCUCAAAAUCCAACUCUAUUUUCACAUUUAUCCGAAUCCAAUUCGGGGGCUAAUUGGUCUACAUUUCCCCCUUCAAGCGAAGAGCCCAUCAGCGCAGUUCCUUUAUCAAAACUCGGACCAGCUCAAGCAUUUUCUAGACACCCAAAUCAAGCAAGUAAUCAAAUAGUGAAUCGUUCAAACACAUAUUCUAUGGGAAUGAAUAGUACCAUGGGUAUUCAUCAUUAUGACUCACAGUUCGAUGGUUAUCAUACCUGGCCUCAAUUUGAGCUUCACGAUCAGCUCUUCUCGGUGCCGAGCCCAGAAAUUUUGUUUGAAGAGCCCGAACUUCUAUCUUCAUCCAUGUGCUCUAGGUCUCCUUCAUCAAGUCCACCUCAGGCUAGAAAUAGCGUUGAGGCAAGAGAUUUAAAGCGUCGUCGGGACCAAAUUCGAAGAGAAACCAAAUCAUGCAUCAGAAGAGCGCGGUCGGCAAGCAACAAUAGUAAUCAUUACAGCAUUUCACAAGGAACUUCCCCUGAUUUCUUUCCAAAGACGGAUUAUGCAACAAGUGUAACUCCCUCACCUCUUCUCUCGCAAUGCUCCGUACAAACUUCCCCCACUCUAUCAAGUACCCCUUUCUUAUCCCCAUACUCGCCCCAUAUCAACUCUCAGCUACCAAACGAUAUCUAUGGGCAGCAAUUUAAUAUCAUACCAAACGACUUUACAACAACGAUGGCAUACCCCAUGUCAUAUAGUGGCCAAGUUGAGACAUCCAUACCUAACUAUAUUGAACGACCACACUCUUUGCCUUUAUCUUCAAUACCCGAUCAUUUAGGAAUGUACUGUCCACAACCAGCAGGUCCUUCACUUGGGCAAUCUGAAUCUAACGACCCAGUUCGCGUUGUACACAGUCGACCAAAGCCCCAAUGUUGGGAACACGGAUGUAAUGGACGCCAGUUUUCGACAUUCAGCAAUUUACUUCGACAUCAGCGUGAAAAGUCUGGCGCGGCUCAGAAAUCCAGCUGUCCCCACUGCGGAGCUGAGUUUACGCGGACUACAGCAAGAAAUGGUCACCUCGCACACGACAAAUGUAAGCAACGCAGAAGUUCCUAA